CUUUUCGUUACCCUCCCGCCUAUGCAACCCGCCAUCUUGUCGCGUCGAGGAAAAGAGACAUAGCCUGCCGAAGAUAUGUCGGACUACAGCAGCGUGGCUCCCCCAUCCAGCGGCGGCGGAAUGAAUGACGCUUACAAAGACGCUCUUCAGCGAGCGCGACAGAUCGCAGCGAAAAUCAGUAAUGAUGGCGUUGCAGCCCCUCCGACGAGCGAUUUCAACUACGGAGGCCAGAAAAGGCCCCUGGAGGACGCUGGUGGGUAUUUUCCCAUGCCUAACCUGAAUAUCGACCAACCAGAGACGAAGAAGGUGGCAACCAAUGAUGCCUUUUCUGCUAUGGCAGCAAUGGGUGGCCCCCCAAGAUCAAUAUCGGAGGAAUUCAAGGUUCCCGAUGGAAUGGUUGGAUUCAUCAUCGGCCGAGGUGGCGAACAAAUUUCACGUCUGCAGCAAGAAUCGGGAUGCAAAAUACAGAUCGCCCCUGACAGCGGAGGCUUGCCCGAUAGGUCGGUGACGUUGACGGGGGGACCGGACGCUAUUCAGAUGGCAAAGAGGCUGCUCACAGAGAUCGUUGAGAAGGGACGACCGUCCCCGGCGUUCCACCACAGCGACGGUCCGGGCAUGACGGUUCAGGAGAUUAUGGUCCCUGCCUCUAAAGCCGGCCUCGUCAUUGGCAAGGGAGGCGAGACCAUCAAGAGUCUUCAGGAAAGAGCCGGAGUAAAGAUGGUCAUGAUUCAAGACGGCCCCCAAAACACAGGCGCCGACAAACCUCUCCGUAUUUCAGGAGAACCCUUUAAAGUUCAGCAAGCCAAAGAGAUGGUGAUGGAGCUGAUCAGAGAUCAGGGCUUCAGAGAGCAAAGGGGCGAGUACGGCUCCAGAAUUGGAGGCGGCGGCGGCGGCGGCAGUGGCGGCGAGACAUUAGAUGUUCCGGUUCCCCGGUUUGCAGUCGGAAUAGUGAUCGGCAGAAGCGGAGAGAUGAUCAAAAAGAUUCAGAGUGACACGGGGGUCAGGAUCCAGUUUAAACCAGAUGAUGGUAGCGCACCAGACAGGAUAGCACAGAUCAUGGGUCCUCCUGAGCAAGCGCAGCAUGCAGCAGAGAUCAUUUCAGACUUGCUGAGGAGCGUCCAGGCCGGCGGGCCUCCGGGUCACGGCGGCGGCGGACGAGGCCGAGGACGCGGGCAGGGAAAUUGGAACAUGGGGCCUCCGGGUGGGCUCCAGGAGUUCAGCUUCACCGUCCCGACCAUGAAGACUGGCUUAAUCAUCGGAAAGGGUGGUGAGACUAUCAAAGGAAUCAGCCAACAGUCAGGGGCCAGGAUUGAGCUGCAGAGGAAUCCUCCUCCUCCCUCUGACCCCAAUGUUAAGAUGUUCACUGUCAGGGGAUCGCCCCAGCAGAUUGACUACGCCAGGCAGCUGGUAGAGGAGAAGAUUGGGGGACCCGUCACGCCAAUGGGUGGCCCACAUGGGCCCCCUGGUCCACACGGAGGUCCAGGCCCACAUGGUCCUCCAGGCCCCCCGGGACCCCCCGGUGCGCCGAUGGGGCCGUACAACCCCGGGCCGUACAAUCAGGGACCCCCGGGACCACAUGGUCCCCCAGCACCAUACCAGCCUCAGGGGUGGGGCAACGGCUACCCACACUGGCAGCAAGGACAGCCUGAUCCAAACAAAGCAGCUGCAGAUGCUAAUGCCGCAGCGUGGGCAGCGUACUACGCUCAGUAUGGCCAGCAACCUCAGGCUCCCAUGACACCGUCCAGUGGUGCGCCAGGCACCGCUCAGUCCAACGGUCAAGGUGACCCACAGGCUGCAGGUCAGAGUGGACAGGCAGAUUACACCAAGGCCUGGGAGGAUUAUUACAAGAAAAUGGGUCAACAGAGUCAACAACCUCAGGACUACACUAAAGCCUGGGAGGAGUAUUACAAGAAACAAGGUCAAGCGGCCCCUCAGGCGGCAGCACCGGCGGCCGCCGCGGCCCCCGCCACCCAAGCCGGCGGGCAGCCGGACUAUAGCGCCGCUUGGGCCGAGUACUACCGGCAGCAGGCAGCUUACUAUGGCACGGGGAACCCACAGACCAUGGGAGCGGCAACACAAGCCCCUCAGGCUUUACAGGGUUCCGGUGUGAGCAGCAGCAGCAGUAGCAGCAGCGUUCUAACCUAAUAAACCUUCCUCCCUGAACAGGAUGGCUGCAGUAUUUUUUCCUGCUGUUAACAUGCAUUGUAUCUUCUAUGUAUUUCUCCUGCACAGGGCCAGUAAUGCGAAGUGGACAUAACGUAAAUGCUUCAUUGUUGAACACAAAAUCCUUUGUUAAAUGUUUGGAUGCAGACGCCUCGGUGAAGAUCUUAUAUUUCCUUGGUGUUUCACGUAGAUGUCAAAUGACCUGACGAGCACAUCCUUUCUCCUCCAUUUAUAUACACACUUGUGUUUUUCUUGUAAAUGUUUUGUUUUUAGUGAGGCUACUCAACUCAUUCCAGCCCUGUAUCUCUACAUUGAAUGUGCUUAGAAGUCAUGUUUGAAUUGUAGACGUUACCAUGUAAAUCAUCUCGGUUUUAAAAGGAAAAGCAAUGCUUCUUGCCUGUUGUGUUUUUUGCAAUAAAACAAACUGAAACCUCC